UUUAAUGGUUCACAAAUGUUGAUGUGAGGAAGCCUCCCUGCGGGCUUUCAUCGCAGUGACGGACUGAUCACGUUGUUGUUCGGCCAAUCAGAGGCGGCGGGGAUGCUCGGCUGCGCUAUAAAUCCAAACUGAAAACAGCGAAAGAAGCAGGAAUGAAAAACAAUAGGUACCUUCACAAAGACCACGCAUCCAGAGGCUCUUAUAGUCUUUUGAUAUUUUCCUACACUUAACAUAAGGUUUUGGUCAAGAAAAUGGCCACCUCAGCAAGUUCCAAACUGAACAAAGCUGUUAAGCAUCAGUACAUGAACCUCCCUCAGGGGGACAAGACCCAAGCCAUGUACAUUUGGAUAGAUGGCUCUGGAGAGGGACUACGCUGCAAGACCAGAACUUUGGAUUGUGAACCCAAGACAAUUGAGGAUCUUCCUGAGUGGAACUUUGAUGGCUCCAGCACCUACCAGUCAGAGGGCUCCAACAGCGACAUGUUCCUGAUCCCUGUCGCCAUGUUCAGGGACCCGUUCAGAAAAGACCCCAACAAGCUGGUGCUCUGUGAGGUGCUCAAGUACAACCGCAAACCAGCAGAGACCAAUCUGCGCCAAACCUGUAAACAGAUCAUGAGCAUGGUGGAGAAUAACCACCCAUGGUUUGGUAUGGAGCAGGAAUACUCUCUCCUGAGCACAGAUGGGCACCCCUUUGGCUGGCCCUCUAACGGCUUUCCAGGUCCACAAGGGCCUUAUUACUGUGGAGUGGGAGCAGAUAAGGCAUAUGGGCGAGACGUAGUGGAGGCGCACUACAGAGCCUGUCUAUAUGCUGGGGUUAACAUCUGUGGCACCAAUGCUGAAGUCAUGCCAGCUCAGUGGGAGUUCCAGGUUGGGCCUUGUGAAGGAAUCAACAUGGGGGACCAUCUGUGGAUUGCUCGCUUCAUCCUUCACAGAGUCUGUGAGGAUUUCGGUGUGGUGGUCUCUUUUGACCCCAAACCAAUCUCAGGGAACUGGAAUGGUGCCGGUUGCCACACCAACUUCAGCACAAAGGAGAUGCGAGAGGAUGGCGGACUGAAAAUCAUUGAGGAGUCGAUCGAAAGGCUGGCAAAGAGGCACAGGUAUCACAUCCGGGCCUAUGAUCCCAAAGGCGGGCUCGACAAUGCCAGACGUCUCACCGGCCAUCACGAAACCUCGAGCAUUGACGAGUUCUCCGCUGGUGUGGCCAAUCGUGGUGCCAGCAUCCGCAUUCCUCGUUCGGUAGGGCAGGACAAGAAGGGCUACUUUGAGGACCGCCGUCCAUCCGCCAACUGCGACCCUUACAUCGUCACAGAGGCGCUAGUGCGCACGUGUUUACUCAAGGAAGAAGGACAGGAGCCCACAGAUUACAGCAAAUGAACAGUCUUAUAACCAUGUGUCAUUACCAGUACUGUAUUUAGCCAUGUUCUUUCCAGACUUGGAUUGAUCUUUACCAUUAUAAAUUUUUUUACAUGACAGAUGAAAUAGUAAUUGAGGUAUAGUUGUAUACAGCAAGUCUUUACCUCUGGCUCAAAAACUGCCAACACAUUUUAUCAUGGUGUCAUGAUAUCUGAUAACAUGUAUAGAAUGACAAUAUUGUAAUGUACUAAUGAAAAACUAUCUAUAGAUCUUGUAACUCUAACCCAAAGGAUCCAAAGGCAUUUGAAUAUUUUUAGUAGUCUUGGCCUCUGACACAUGUUGUGGAUAGAUACAGUAAGGUCACUUUGUAAAGCACCAUAGCCAAUCUACUUUAGUAUUUUUUUUAAUAUUGCAUGUCCGUUUUUCACUUGUGUUUGUCAAAGAAUAAAGAGCUAACAUUUUAUAUAUGA